ACGAUAUAUAACUAACGAACAACAGCAAUAUUAAUAAAUAAACCAUGGUCGGAGGAGAAAACCGGCUGCUGGGGACCCUUGGAGAACGAGGGACUGUGAUUGGCGCGGAAACCGACAGCUCUCCCGCCCCGUCGGGCUGGCUACGAUCCUCCCAAGAGCAGCUAUCAUGAUCGGAUUUCUGCUGGCCCUGUCAUUGCUGGCCGCAGCAGUGGACCAACUCCCGCUGCAGGAACAGCUGGCCGCAUCGCCAUCGGACGCCCUCAAUCCGCCAGAGAUCCAGAGACGGCCCUCAAGUGGUCUCAAGGGUCGUUUUUUACACAUAACAGACUUUCACCCCGAUAGCCAUUACAGACCGAAAACGUCGACGGACGAGAGCGUAUCUUGUCAUCGAGGCAAAGGAGAUGCGGGGUAUUUUGGAGCCGCGGGGUCAGAAUGUGACUCUCCCUUCUCGCUCGUCAACGCGACAUUCAGAUGGAUCGACGACAAUCUAAGAGACGAGAUCGACUUCGUCGUAUGGACCGGAGAUUCUGCACGCCACGACAGCGACGAGCGCAUUCCGCGGACAGAGGAUGAAGUUUCAUCAUUGAACCAAUACAUGGUCGACAAGUUCGUGGACGUCUUUGGCAAGGAGAACAACAAUCACGAUAUCGACCUGACCAACGACCUGACUAUCCCUAUUGUACCGACCAUUGGCAACAAUGACAUCCUGCCCCAUAACAUUCUCCGGCCAGGGCCCAAUAAAUGGACGAAGAAGUUCUUGACGAUCUGGAGACCUUUUAUCCCAGAAGAACAGCGCCACACCUUUGUGGAAGGAGGCUGGUUCUGGACGGAGGUAAUCCCGCAGCGGCUAGCAGUCGUCAGUCUGAAUACGCAGUAUUUCUACGAGUCCAACAGUGCCGUCGAUGGGUGCAAGCGCAAGUCUGAACCAGGCUACGAACAGAUGGAGUGGCUUAGGGUUCAGCUGGAGCUCUUUCGGGAGCGCAACAUGAAGGCCAUCCUCAUUGGUCAUGUGCCUCCGGCCAGAACCCAUGAUAAAAAGAACUGGGAUGAGACGUGUUGGCAGAAAUACGCCCUUUGGUUGCACCGGUUCCGCGAUGUGGUCGUCGGAAGCGUUUACGGACACAUGAACAUCGAUCAUUUCAUCAUCCAGGACAGUCACCACAUCGACAUAGUCGAGGAGGCAGACACAGGCAGCAGGUCUGAACAGGAGUUUACGACAGAAUCGAAGUCGUCAUACCUUACUAGUUUACGAAAAGAAUGGUCAAAAAUGCCAUCUCCACCCGCAGACGACGACUUCCUCGAGAACUGGGACCUCGGGAAUGACGGGGACCCGGUGUCAUCACUGAAGAAGGGAAAAAAGAAACGCAAGUUCCUUAAGAAGAUCGGUGGUCGUUGGGCCGAGCGUUACAGUGUAUCCUUGGUGGCACCCAGUGUGGUGCCGAACUAUUUCCCCAGUCUCAGAGUGAUCGAAUAUAAUGUUACGGGGCUGGAGGCCGCCAUGACGUGGGCAGAAGCUACCACGCAUCGUGCGUCGCCCGGGGUAGUAGAGAAGGACCCUGAAAAUGAAGAGUCGCUGCCAUACUCUGAUGAUCCUGAUAGCGAUGUCAAGAAAGACAAUAAGAAGAAGGGCAAGGGAAAGAAGGGCCGCAAGAAGAAGCCGAACUUCAAGGUUCCUGAUCCGCCAUCCUCUCGCGCCCCUCCUGGGCCCGCUUACUCGAAUCAGCCUCUGUCAUGGCUGAGUUACACUCAAUAUUUUGCGAAUCUCACCAAGAUCAACAAAGAAGCUACAGAAUUGCAAAAGUCCUCCGAGCAGCAAUCAAGAACCUGGAGAGAAUACAAGCUUGCAAAGUCGCAGCCGGACUACGCCAAAGUGCCAUUCGAAUAUGAAGUGGAAUAUGAGACGAAGACGGACAAUGUCUAUCAUAUGAGGGACCUCACUGUCCGCAGCUUCUUCAAACUUGCUACGCGGAUCGCAAACGAUGAACCUACGGGAAAGAAUCAAAUGCUUCCAGGCGCCUCCAAUGGCGAAUACAUAGCCGACUCUGGAAACGAUACGAGGUCAGCAGAAGAUGAUGAUAGAAAGAAACACAAGAAGAAGAACAGGAAGCAUGCUAACAGAGUAUGGGUUACUUUCUUGGAGCGGGCGUUUGUAGGUUUCUUCAAUGACGACAUCGAGAACAUGCAGAACGAGUCGUACUGA